CCUCUACGGCGCAUGCGCAGAGGAGGCGAAGUUCUAGAUAAAAGGGGGGAAAACUGGCUGCUUCCAUUGAUUCCAUUUGAGGAUAAAUCACUCAGCUACAGAAAUUUGUAUCUCAACAUGUGGGCGUCCUCCGUGGCACUGGUCAUGGGCGUGUGGAUAUGUGUACAGGCAUGGGCACUCACUUCGAAUGGCACUUACUUCAUCACUGGCCCUGAGUACAGACACAGACUUCCUUCGGGCUCUACAAAUUCGAAGAUAUACCUAAUAUCCAAGUUUUCACUGUUAACAGGUUUCUUCUUCUACGAAAGGGUAUCAGGUGCCGGCCCUGAGCGCCACCAAACCUGCUUUCGGCAGUGUCUCGCCAUGGUCGGGGGAUCGUGCGAUGUUUGCGGGCGUCCCCUAUGCGAGGGCAUCUACUGUGACAUUUGCCCAAAACGAUGCUGGGAGAUGACUACGAAGAGAAUAGGAAAUACUCAUAUGUGGACUGAUACUUUUUCAAAUAUGAUAAUCAUAACAUGCCAUCAUGAGUGGCAGUUGGUGUGGCCUAGUAACAAAAAGACAAUGGUUGGAUACAACUAUGAACUCAAAGUGGAGGUUAUAUAUCAAGAUGGAGUAACUCUGGAAUACUAUUACUCCGGCUUUGAUCUUCGGAAAAACAAACUGUCUGUGGGCGCCCCGUCCAACCACACGGGCCUGAACUGGUGGUCAGCGCCGUUCGAAAGGAGGCAGAUCUAUAGGAACAGCAGCUCCAACUGCCUGCCGUUCUUCUACCCUCCGGGCGAAUGCCAGGCCAACGGCGUGCCAAGCAGCGAGGAGCAGAUGCUGACCAACGGCUCGGUGUACCAGCGAAGCUUCGCCUGGAACACGGGCACGUCGAGUCUGGAUGCCCUGGCAGUCCGCGAGAUCAAACUCUGGGCAACUCUGAGGAGACAGCCGUAGCGUGUUUUCCACAAUGU